CCACGCAAAAUCGAUACUGACGUAACAGCAAGCAACCAACACCAGCCGCAUUUCUGCACUUAUUUCGCUGUAGUUUUUAGUUACCUAUUCCCAUUAAACAUUGCAUAAAAUGCUUAGGCUAAAUAUACUGCUCAGGAAUGCCAUAUCCACAAAUUUACUGCGCAGCCAGACGACACGUUUGCUCCACGUUGGCGACGCAAAUGUCUUGCCCAGCGAGGUGGACAAACAGUCAGCCGAAUAUAAGGACAAUGCCAGCGAAAUGGGCAAACUUGUCACGGAGCUGCGCAACCUCACCAGCCAGGUGCUAACAGGUGGCGGUCAAAAGGCCAACGAUAGGCACACCUCCCGCGGCAAGCUGUUGGCCAGGGAACGCAUCAAUCUACUGCUGGAUAAAGGUUCGCCGUUCCUGGAACUUAGUGCGCUGGCUGGCCAUGAACUGUACGGCGAGGAAGUGGUCAACUCGGGCGGCAUAGUCACUGGAGUGGGUCGUGUCUGUGGCACUGAAUGUGUUGUGGUGGCCAACGAUGCCACUGUCAAGGGUGGCAGCUACUAUCCCAUCACUGUGAAGAAGCAUUUGCGCGCCCAAGAGGUUGCCCAGGAGAACCGAUUGCCAUGCAUUUAUCUGGUGGACUCGGGUGGUGCCAAUUUGCCGCGCCAGGCUGAGGUCUUCCCCGACAAACUGCACUUUGGACGCAUAUUCUACAACCAGGCAAACAUGUCCGGCCAAGGCAUACCCCAAAUUGCCGUUGUCAUGGGCAGCUGCACAGCCGGAGGAGCGUAUGUCCCAGCCAUGGCGGAUGAGAGCAUUAUUGUGAAGAAGCAGGGCACCAUUUUUCUGGCUGGUCCUCCGCUGGUGAAAGCUGCAACUGGAGAGGAGGUUUCCGCCGAAGAUCUCGGCGGUGCGGAUCUUCACUGCAAGACUUCGGGUGUCACCGAUCACUAUGCUGUCGAUGACGAGCACGCACUGUACUUGGCCCGCCAGAUAGUGAGCAAUUUGAAUCUGCCAGCCACAAAUUCCUACAACGCUCAGCUGCUGCACUCCAGUCAAGCGAACUUCAGGGAGAGGAACACCAAUGCUACUUCGACAGUCGAGGAGCCGCGCUAUGAUCCCCACGAGCUGUACGGCAUUGUGGGACCCAAUCUAACCAAGAGCUUCGAUGUGCGCGAGGUAAUUGCCCGCAUUGUGGAUGGCAGUCGCUUCACGGAGUUCAAGAAACUUUAUGGCGAGACUUUGGUCUGUGGAUUUGCGAAGCUCUAUGGCCAAACCGUCGGCAUUGUCGGCAAUAAUGGUGUCCUCUUCUCAGAGAGUGCGCUGAAGGGUGCACAUUUCAUUCAGUUGUGUUCACAGCGCAAGAUUCCUUUGGUCUUUCUGCAGAAUAUCACAGGUUUCAUGGUUGGUCGCGAUGCUGAGGCUCAUGGCAUAGCUAAAAAUGGAGCCAAGAUGGUGACAGCCGUUGCUUGUGCCAACGUCCCGAAGUUUACGGUCAUCAUUGGUGGUUCUUACGGUGCUGGCAACUACGGCAUGUGUGGACGUGCCUAUUCGCCGCGAUUCCUUUACAUGUGGCCCAACUCUCGCAUCUCUGUGAUGGGCGGCACACAGGCUGCUAAUGUGUUGGCACAAAUCACUCAGGAUCAGCGCAAGCGUGCCGGCAAAGAGUUCACCGAGGAGGAGGCCCAAAAGCUGAAGGCUCCAAUUGUGGAAAUGUUCGAGGCGGAGGGUUCGCCGUACUACAGUACAGCUCGCCUGUGGGAUGAUGGCAUCAUAGAUCCGGCCAAUACACGCCAAGUGCUGGGCCUCAGCCUGAAGGCAGCCCUCAACAAUGCUGGUCAUGACACCAAGUUUGGAGUUUUCCGCAUGUAAAUUUGAUUUGCAUGCGAAAGUAAUUGAAGGAACCGGAAAUUGUGCAUUUAUUGACAUUUAAUGUCCUGCCACUAUAUUGAAACUGUUGCAUUUAUUAGUGUUAAGUGAACUGUUGUUGUUUUUUCUGUAAAUGUCCAUUGAGUAUCUAUCCAAA